AUGUUAGUACAGCAGGAUGAUUGGUUAUCAAAACAAAUACAAACUUUAUUUAACUUAACUAAGGGUAAAACUACAAGAGAAGACUUAGAGUUGAGCUUAAGGAAAUAUGAAAAUCUAGGUAAACUUGAACUCCGAGCCUAUACUUCACCUUAUAUAAAUAUGAAGAAGUCUAGAAACUCAAUAUUCUGGUGUUCUAAUUGCUUUAUACCUAGAGGUAGUUUACUCUUAUCUAAUGAUCCAAUUGGAUGGUGUGUCUUUAACAAUACUUUAUCCAGAAAUUGCACGGGAACUUUAGAACUAUGGAAAUGUAUCUUGACGAUAUCCAAUGAAGACUUAUUAUUAUGUAAAAAAAUGAAACUACUUUACCCACGCAAUAAGAAAGAUAUAAAUGAUAUUAUUAAACAUAAUAAGAAACUAGGUGUUCCAAAAAGUAUGAUUGAAAGAGAAUGGGAAUUAAUCAGUAAGAAAUUCACAUAUAAAGACAAGUCCAAAAUCUCCUUAAAUGAGGCUAUCAGGUUAUAUUUAGUCGUCAAAUACAAUCAAAUGGGUGUCCAUAUAUUACCAGAAGCAUGGAAUUCGCCAUUUAAGUGGUGUAACAGCUUUGGUGUGAAUGCAUUGUACUUUGAUGCAUCAUUCUUUAAUCACUCAUGUUGUCCAAAUGUUUCAAGACACUAUAUUGGAACUACAGUGGUAUUUUAUUCAAUGAGAAAUAUUGAAAAAGGAGAACCUCUUACAAUUUCAUAUAUAGAGAAUGAGUAUUUAAGAGAACCACUUUGGAUUCGCCAUGAGGAACUCAACUUUAGAUGUUUUUGUGAAAAGUGUACUCAUGAAGAGAAUUUCCAAAGCAAUUCAGUGUCGAGAGAAGCUGAAAAUUAUGAAAAUAUAUUUCAUGCAUCUAAAAAGAAUAAUCCUAGAAAGACUUUACUUUCAAAAGAUCACUUAGAUAUUUUAAAUCAAUUAAGUUGUUUUCAACGUAUAAACAUUAUAAAUGAUAUACUAUUGGAUAAUCAUAGGAUGAGAAGUAAAUUAAUUGAGACUGAAAAACAAAUACUUAUUGAUAUACUAGUUUUAGAUUAUAUAAAGACAAAAAAUUAUCAUUCUUGUCUAUAUUGGCUAAAGUACAACAUAAAUAAUAGUGUAUGUAAAGAUGAAAGUCUAAUUCCCUUAUAUAUAAUGUAUGGAAUAAUCCAAAUUAAUACUUUUAAGUCUACUCAAUACCUUUAUAUGGCAAUAGAACUUUUCAAAUGUUUAUUUGGAGGUCAUAUUAAAUUUUUUAUGAAGAGGUACUGGGCUGAUAUAAAGUAUAUUGUAAAACUCAUGUAUAGAAAUUUUAAGAGAGAAAAAAAAAAGAUUGCAAUUGCAAAACAUUUAAGACAACUAUCAAACUAUAUCAGGAUACUAUUCUGA